AUGCAAACAGAAAUUCAUAAUGAGCGUGUCCUGAGAUCCCUUUGUCCUGGAGAUCGGGUGCAGUUCUCCAGAGGCUUAUAUAGCCACUGGGCUGUAUAUGUAGGCAAUGGGGAAGUCAUUCAUUACAGUAAAACGUACAUGCUAAUCAAGAAGGAAAACUUCUUCAGUGUGGCAAGAAAUCACAAAGCGUUGAAAAACAACAGUAGAAAAUGGAGGUACAGAAUUCCCCUGCCAGUGAAUGAAAUUCUGCAGAGAGCAGAUUCACACCUGGGGAGACCAUAUUAUAAUCUGCUUCUCGACAAUUGUGAGCAUUUUGUGAACUUGUGCUGCUAUGGAAGACGUGAGAGUGAUCAGGUUAAAAGAGCAGUGAUAGGAGUGGGGAUUGCAGGAUUUGGACUUGGAGUUUAUGCUGGAGUUAAUGAACUUAGGAAAAUUCAAAAGAGAAAGAGAGAACGCGAUGCUGCGCUACGCCAGAUGAAUGAGUAA